UGCUGCGUUAACAGGACAGAGGCUGGGAUGUCUUUUCCUUAAAAGUCAGUCUCUACAGGGCUUGACAGACGGACAGCGUCGUCCUGUGACCCUGGGCGGGCUGAGUCCCUCUGCCCUGUCUCACCCCAAAGCCUUGAACUUGGCUUUAAGGGCAGUCAGGAGCAGCUCUCCUGGGUGUAUCUUCCUGACCCUCUCCACUUGCCAAACGUUUCAGAGUCAGAGCUUCCUGGCCGGGCGUAGGACCCCCCACGGGGCCCAGAAAUGUGGCUGGAGUUGCGACAGACAGUGAUUUCUUCAGUCGUGCCCUGGCCCGCCCUGCCGGUUGAGCCGGAGGUGGGAACCCACGCACUUCGCUCGGACGGAACGCGCGCCCUCGGGCCAGCCCGGCGCGUUCAGCACUCCCUGCGCGGACAGCGCCAGCCCCUUGCCGGCUGGCUCGUGGUCCGGCAGGGGGGCGGGCAGGGGGGCGGGGAGAGCCAGGCCCGGGCCGCCGGGUCCACGCGCAGCGAGCACACCCGCCACAGGAGGCUGGGGGACCGGCGAGCCCUCGCCCGCUGUCGCCAUGGCCGCACGCCAGCCACAGGAGCCCGCCGAACCUCUGCCCGCGGGCCUCGGGACGCUGGGCGCAGGCGGCCCCCGGGCUCGGCCCAAGCUCGGCGGCGUUUUCCGCUGCGUGGAGGACGCCUUUGAGAAUAAGACGCUACAGCUGGACGCGUCGAGCGGCGGCCGUCGGAGCCUUCGGGCUAGAGAGCCUUACAGCGGGCCACGUGGCGACCCAGAGGGACCCGGCGAACCAGGCCGACAUGGCCCGGAGGCUGCGGCAAGUCUGGGAGACCGCCCGGCUGAACCAGGGCCGCGGCCCCCAGCAGGUAGUAGCCGCAGGGCAGAGGCCGCCGGGGCGUGGGCCAGGGGCUGGUCCUCUUCCCAAAUCCCCAGGCUCUGCGAGGGGGCCUGAGGGAUCGGGAGGGGCCUCCCUCUCCCUGACCGAACGCCUCUGUGCCUGGGGCUAAGCUGUCCUGCGCAGCGCCUCAGCCCCAGCCCGCGCUUUCGGCCUCUUCUGCCUUGGUUUUGGUCCUCUGGUCCGUCAGGGGCGCUGGGUAGCUGUCUCUUCCUCUCGCUAUCCCUUUCUAUCUCUGUCUGUGUCUCCUCAACUCUUCCCCUUGUCCCCGAGCUCCGCGCGGCCUCCGGAGAGCAGCCUUGUGGACGUGUGUCCACCGCCGGGUCCCAGAGCCCGUACACCGCCCUGCGUUCCGAUCCAGGCCCGGGCCAUAGAUGCUAAGGAGCGAGGCUUUGGCCAGAGGCACCUCCCGGAGGGAGUCCGGCUUCCGCAGCGCCUGGGCCUGGACUUGCGAUUAGGUUCAGUCCCCGCGGCCUUGGGUGUUCGGGUCACCAGGGAGCUGGCGGUGGUCCGCGGGGCAGGGGCGAGGGCGGGCCUCGCAGGACUUUGCGGGACCUCUCCACCCUCCUUCCGGGGGUGCAAACUCCGCACACACAGCGGCCAGGACCUGUCGCAGCCCUCUCCCACUCCCCACGCAGCAUGCGUCCGCGGGUCCGCGUGGGCCCUGGGGCACAGGGACCCGGGCCGUGGCCACCGCAGGGGCCGUGGGCCGCGCAGCUGGUAGGUCCUCAGCACGGCUGGGGCGGGGCUUGAACGCAAAGGAGCAGCGGCGGGCCGGGGGCGGGGCGGGCCCGGGGGCGGGGCUCGGAACCGGAGCCGUGCGCCCUGGCGUGCUCGCACUCGGACGCUCUGCGCCCCCACGUACGCUCCCGGGCUCUGCGCGCCUCCGCCCGGGACCCCAGCCCAGCUCCGCUUGAGCUAGGCGGCGCGGGCCGAGUGAGGCAACCGCGCCGGCCGGAGGAGCAGGAUGUCCUUCCAGGGCAAGAAGAGCAUCCCCCGGAUCACGAGCGACCGCCUUUUGAUCAAAGGUGGGAAGAUCGUCAAUGAUGACCAGUCCUUCUAUGCUGAUCUGUAUGUGGAAGAUGGUUUGAUAAAACAAAUUGGAGAAAACCUCAUUGUCCCUGGAGGCAUCAAAACCAUCGAUGCGCAUGGCCUGCUGGUCCUGCCAGGCGGCGUUGACGUCCACACGAGGCUGCAGAUGCCUGUCCUGGGCAUGACCCCUGCAGACGACUUCUGCCAGGGGACCAAGGCCGCCCUAGCGGGAGGGACCACCAUGAUCCUGGACCAUGUGUUCCCCGACAUGGGCGUGAGCCUCCUGGUGGCCUAUGAGCAGUGGCGGGAGCGCGCGGACAGUGGGGCCUGCUGUGACUACUCCCUGCACGUGGACAUCCCCCGUUGGCACGAGAGCAUCCGGGAGGAGCUGGAGGCCCUGGUCAAGGACAAAGGUGUGAACUCCUUCCUGGUCUUCACAGCGUACAAGGACAGGUGCCAAUGCACAGACAGCCAGAUGUAUGAGAUCUUCAGCAUCAUCCGGGACCUGGGUGCCCUGGCGCAAGUGCACGCAGAGAACGGGGACAUCGUGGAGGAGGAGCAGAAGCGGUUGCUGGAGCUCGGCAUUACCGGCCCUGAGGGCCACGUGCUCAGCCGCCCCGAGGAGGUGGAGGCCGAGGCUGUGUACCGCGCUGUCACCGUAGCCAAGCAGGCCAACUGCCCCCUGUACGUCACCAAAGUGAUGAGCAAGGGUGCGGCCGACGUGGUCGCCCAAGCCAAGCGCAGGGGGGUGGUCGUGUUCGGGGAACCCAUCACUGCCAGUCUGGGGACCGAUGGCUCACACUAUUGGAGCAAGAACUGGGCAAAGGCCGCGGCCUUCGUCACAUCGCCCCCCAUCAACCCGGACCCCAGCACUGCAGACCACCUCACCUCCCUGUUGUCCAGUGGGGACCUCCAGGUGACCGGCAGCGCCCACUGUACCUUCACCACUGCCCAGAAGGCCGUCGGCAAAGACAACUUCACACUCAUCCCCGAGGGCACAAACGGCAUCGAGGAGCGCAUGUCUGUGGUCUGGGAGAAAUGUGUGGCCUCAGGGAAGAUGGAUGAGAACGAGUAUGUGGCUGUGACCAGUACAAACGCAGCCAAAAUCUUCAACGUGUAUCCAAGGAAGGGGCGAGUGGCUGUGGGCUCCGAUGCUGACCUGGUUAUUUGGAACCCCAGGGCCACAAAAAUCAUUUCUGCCAAGAGCCACAACCUGAACGUGGAGUACAACAUUUUCGAAGGCGUCGAGUGCCGAGGCGCCCCCACGGUGGUCGUAAGUCAGGGCAGGGUUGUGCUGGAGGACGGGAACCUGUGCGCCACCCCCGGGGCUGGCCGCUUCAUCCCCCGGAAGACGUUCCCCGACUUCGUCUAUAAGCGGAUAAAGGCGCGCAACCGGCUGGCGGAGAUCCACGGCGUGCCCCGAGGCCUCUACGAUGGGCCCGUCCAUGAGGUGAUGGUGCCUGCCAAGCCGGGGGGCAGUGCCCAGGCCCGUGCGUCCUGCCCAGGGAAGAUCUCGGUCCCACCCGUGCGCAACCUGCAUCGGUCGGGGUUCAGCCUGUCUGGGUCUCAGGCUGACGACCACAUUGCCCGACGAACGGCUCAGAAGAUCAUGGCCCCCCCCGGCGGACGUUCCAACAUCACCUCGCUGUCCUAGGCGUCCCCUUGGGGCCGUCCCACAGGGCAGCAGCUGGUGGGGGCCGCUCACCUCACUUAGCUCUCCCUUUGUUGAAUUUACCUGAAAGGUGCUUGGCCUCACCUUCCCCCCGAAACUCCCCUUUUGGGGUCCCAGGUCUUGUAGGAGGAGCCCGUGCAAGGAGAGGAGGGUUUCACUGCCAGGUUGAGGAGGCUGGAGGUGGUGGCCCUGAAGGACGGCCAGAUGCUGCACGAAGGCAGGGCUGCCACCCCGGCCAGGCCCACCACAACCCCCGGGCCCUCACAGAUGCACAGAUAGCGGACCAGGCUGCAGGUUCAGGGUGCUUGCUCCCUUCUCCCUGUUGUGGAUCACUGCCCUGCAAAACCCCGGGCCUCCCGCCGGCUCCUCUCCCUGUCCGCUUGGCGUGGGGGGAGCACCCACGAGGCUUCAGGGACCCAUCGGGAACUUAGCGAAGGGCGGCCUUGUUUGUACACGUUGCCAAGGACCAAACUUGGCCCGCGUAGUUGCCUGUCUCCAGGGGAGUCUUAGGAUCCUUUAGCUGAGAUGCUGUCCUUUUACUACUAAGUGUGCAUUGCAGUAGUUGGUUAGAGCAGUGGUUUUGUGCGUUGGGGACAACUGUAGCCGGCAAGCUGCAUGCCCCCCGCAGCCCCGACGGCGGCCUGCGCCCCAGGCCCCCGGGAAUCGCGUCAAUUAAAGGCGUCCAGAUGAGAA